UUAAAUCUAAAAUUAAAUCAACUUUGCAGAAAAUUUUCGCGUGAAGGUGAUGCAUUGCGCAAGGCUUCGUCAAUGUCAGAUGUCUACGAGGAUGAAUAUGGUCCUCUUGAAACUGAUUCUGAGCCACAUAUAAACACUGGACCAGCUUUUCAAGCAAAAGUGAAAAAAUGGGCACAUCGCGAAAUAACCGAUGAAGAGAGAGCUGCUAUUCCUGAUCGAGAUGAUGCUGUUUUUGACUUGGAAGCAUAUGAAUUAUUGGCUUGCAGUCAAGCUGUGCCUCGACCUGGACGAAAUAAGGAGCUGGCUUUACAUUUGCUAAUGGAAAAUAAAGGAAAUAUUCAAGCAGCUGUAAUGGAUUUGAUGAAAUGUGAUAUUUUGGACUGGGAGCAAUAUCCAAUCAUUUACAACAGCACGUAUGCUGACACGGUACCGUGGUUGCCAGAAGAAAUUCUUUCAUUUCAAGAUGCAAUCUACAAAAGCGAAAAAGAUUUUCAUCAGGUUGCAAUCGAUCUGGGUAAUAAAACUGUUAAGCAGUGCGUUGAAUUUUACUAUAUGUGGAAGAAAGCUUGUCCUGAUGAUUAUCGAAAGCUACGAAAUUUGCGGCGUAAAAGACAGCUACUUGAAAUGCAACAGAAAAAUAAUGAAAUCGCAUCAUCGUUACGCAAAGCUUCAACUGUUCGUUUUGGAGAGGCAAAUGAUGCGAAUAAUUUUACUUCUAAUCCUGUUUUAGUAGAGUCACUGCCUCGUACUUCUAAAAAGGGCGCACAGCCAUCAGCAGAUGGAUAUUUCCACUGUAGGCUAUGUGAUAAAUAUUUCGAAAAGGUGAAAAGCCUAAAUGCACAUAUGAAAUCUCAUGCCAUGAAAGCUCGUGCCGAAGCCGAAGCACAAGCGCAAAUGAAUUCACAGUUGGGUUCUCAGCCAAUCGUUGAAUGUGCUAAUGUGAUGGAUAAACCGAUACCAUCAACAUCCCAUCUGUCUCCCACCCUUGUAGGAACUCAUCAACAGAAUCUUAAUUCAGCUAUCAAUCCAACUCUUUCGCCACGCAUGUCACAAAAUGCUUUGCUCGAACAAAAUCAGUUUGGUGUAAUUGGAGGAGUUAAUUCAAAUAUUCUUGCGCAAGAUCUGCUGGUACAGUCUUCGCUUUCACAAGAACAGUUCCCGCAAAAUGCGGCUCUAAUGCGAAAUUCGCUGGGACAAGUUUCACUUGGAACACACUCAGCCUUCGGUCAAACGUCGUCUUUUAGCGAUGUUCUGAGUCGCUUGCCUCAUGAGACGCAGAAGGCAAUUUUUUUAAAUGUUUUCAAAUCAACGAGUAAUCAAUAA